UAAAGGUGCAUACGUAUGAAAGCCACAAGUUUAAAAAAACUAGGCAAAAAUACAAAUGCCUGUUCCUCUUUAAAUUACCGGUAAUAUGGAAAUACAUGGUGCACAAAUCUUCGGAUUUCUUUGUUUUAUCGUAAAAGUGUACGGACAGCAGACGGACUGCGCGUGCUACGGAAAUGACAUCACGAUUGAUUCCCUUAUGCCUAACUGCUCUUCCUCUGAUGGUAUUAUCGUCAUAGAUUCUAUCUACAGAGCGGCAAAACCUCUUACCCUCGGGUGUUCAAACCCAGUUUCAGCUGGUACAAGAGACGAAGCCACUUGUUGUACUUAUGAUAGUGCCGCUGAUUGUCGGAUAGACCUUACAUCUUCUGAUAUACCUAACGUCUACUCAGACUGUACAGGGGUCGCCACCUGCUCCAAACAAGUCACGUGGCAAGGAUCGGCACCGGAUUGCAAUGCUACCUACAUGACCCAGACUAACUACAUGUGUAUGGAUUACACUUGUUUUCCAAAAUCAGAUUUUUUGGAGUUUUGUGAUACUUCCGGGGCGAACGUUCAAACCACACCAUCGUACUUUUUUAACGAUGGCUAUUCCUCUGGUAUUUCACAUGUCAAUUGUUGCGCAUGCGUGAUAACAGCUUCCGAUGCGUCUGCAACAAUCGGACUUGACGUCAUAGAUCUAAAUCUUUAUGAUUCCACCGCAACCUGUCUUCAGACCGUAUUUGUGACAGACAGUUCUGGAGUUUCAAGCUUUAACUGUUCACAAAAUAACGACUACGUUAUAAAAAGGUUGUUCACGUCAACCGGAAACACUCUGACCGUCACUCUGAAGUCGGAAGCAGCAGCUGUUGGUAACGGCAAGGCGUGGUUUAGAGCUUCCGCAUCAAGUGGCGGAUUAACUACUUCCUGUAGCUCUGUUGCUCAGUGCCCGGAUGAAACAACAACAACACCUGCUACAGGACAAGAAUCCGGAAAUAAUACAUCAAGCACGUCAGACAGUUCUGCUGACACUGGGAUAUUUGGUCUGUCUUUGUUGAUAUCUGCAAUCAUUAUCGCAGCCUCGUUAUUGCUGAUACUCUGCACGUGUAUUGUGUUUUGUGUAAUGUGCUACAAGUUCGGGAAGUCAAAGUCAUUUAAAGUAACUCAAGUUAGAUCCAAAGACACCGGAGAGGCACUUUCAAACAACAAGAAUCGCUCGCGUAUUUCACAAUCGAAUAGCAGCACUCAAUCUGGAGUUAGAAGUUCGCGGCCAAAUGUACAGUCUUUACGCUCAGACAACCGUAUCCCUCGAGGUCAACAAAACAGUUUGGUAUCAACAAAUACAUUUUCCACGGGAAUUAAUGCUCAAAGACCUUCCGAAAACUGGUCGAAUAGAAACCAACACUUCCAGCGCACAAGUUUAACAAGAGUUGAAAGUCCAUGGUGACACUACUUCCAGUACUGGACCCUUCAACCACUCUUAAUGUUUUAUACUUACACUUUAAAAGAUAUGUUUGUAGAAACAGGACAUUGUUAUAGUUAUUUGAGAACUACAAGUGCCAAGAAAUUCAUCCAUUGAAAAGCUUUUUAGAUACAUAUUUAUAGUUUUCUAAAUUUGGAAUUAGUAAACUUUGCCCCUUAAAAUUAUUUUGCCCUCGUAUAUAGCUAUAGUAUUGUAAAUUUAUGUAAAUAACCGAUUUUUGUUUAAAGCUAUAUUGUAACUUUUAUCUUAUAACCAGAAUUUUAUUCUUUAUUGCCUAUGUUGCAUUUUCUAAAUCUAAAGCAGCAUGCCUCCACAUUCGUGACAAUUUUUCAUGUUAAUUUUGAAAAUGUAUUUAAAAAUAAAAUAUUGUGAAGUGAUCAAGAAAAGUUAUU